AUUAAAAGAGAGGGGAAUUGAAAAAAUUGAGAGAGAAAAAUCGGAAGGGUUUUGAGGAAUCCAGAAUUUGAGAGAGAGAGAGAGGGGUCAAUUCCAUGGCGGUUCAAGGUGGUGGUGGGAGAAGGUUAGGGCCGUUCGCCCUUCAUCUAUGGAUCUUCCUCUCUCUCCUCCUCUUCCCCCACGUUCGUUCCUUCUAUCUCCCUGGUGUCGCUCCUCAAGAUUUCAAUAAGGGGGAUCCAUUGAAGGUGAAGGUGAACAAACUAACCUCUACAAAGACACAACUUCCUUACUCCUACUAUUCUCUUCCUUAUUGUCGUCCAGAAACCAUAGUUGACAGUGCAGAGAAUCUUGGUGAAGUUCUUCGGGGUGAUCGUAUUGAAAACUCUCCAUAUGUGUUUAAAAUGCGAGAACCACAGAUGUGCAAUGUUGUAUGUCGUGUGGAGCUGAAUGCCAAAACUGCAAAGGAGUUCAAGGAAAAGAUAGAUGAUGAGUAUCGGGUUAACAUGAUUUUGGAUAAUCUUCCUCUUAUUGUUCCUGUACGAAGGCCAGAUCAGGAACUUUCCACAGUGUAUCAACAUGGUUUCUAUGUUGGUCUCAGGGGACAGUAUGCUGGAAGCAAGGAUGAAAAACAUUUCAUCAACAAUCACUUAACAUUCACAGUCAAGUUUCACAAAGAUCCAGAAACUGACUCAUCGAGGAUAGUUGGAUUUGAGGUUAAACCAUUCAGUGUUAAACAUGAGUACGAAGGAAAAUGGAAGGAGAACAGCCGUUUAUUAACAUGUGAUCCCCAUGCAAAACGUGCCGUUACCAACUCUGAUUCUCCUCAAGAGGUUGAAGAUAAGAAGGAAAUUAUAUUCACAUACGAUGUUGAGUUCCAAGAGAGUGAUGUGAAAUGGGCCUCUCGAUGGGAUACCUACCUUCUGAUGGCCGAUGAUCAAAUUCACUGGUUUUCAAUUGUCAAUUCUUUGAUGAUUGUUCUUUUCCUCUCUGGCAUGGUGGCCAUGAUCAUGUUGCGGACGCUGUACCGGGAUAUCUCUAAAUAUAACCAGUUAGAGACCCAAGAGGAAGCCCAAGAAGAGACAGGGUGGAAACUGGUUCAUGGGGAUGUUUUUAGACCUCCUACAAAUUCAGAUCUUCUGUGUGUUUAUGCUGGAACGGGUGUUCAAUUUUUUGGGAUGAUUCUUGUCACCAUGAUCUUUGCUGCCCUUGGAUUCCUUUCACCCUCGAACCGAGGUGGGUUGAUGACAGCCAUGCUUCUGCUCUGGGUUGUCAUGGGCCUGUUUGCUGGAUACUCUGCAACCCGUCUGUACAAGAUGUUCAAAGGAACAGACUGGAAGAAAAUUGCUCUCAAGACAGCUUUCAUGUUCCCUGGCACUGUUUUUGCCAUUUUCUUUGUCUUGAAUGCUCUAAUUUGGGGUGAAAAAUCCUCAGGGGCAGUGCCAUUUGGAACCAUGUUUGCGCUGGUGUUGUUAUGGUUUGGCAUCUCGGUCCCACUUGUUUUUGUGGGUGGUUAUGUUGGGUUUAAGAAGCCAGCAAUUGAGGAUCCCGUAAAAACUAAUAAGAUUCCAAGGCAGAUCCCAGAGCAGGCCUGGUAUAUGAAUCCUGUCUUCUCCAUCCUAAUUGGAGGCAUAUUACCCUUUGGAGCUGUUUUUAUUGAGCUCUUUUUCAUCCUCACAUCAAUCUGGUUGCAUCAAUUCUAUUACAUAUUUGGCUUCCUCUUCAUUGUCUUCCUUAUCCUACUUGUAACUUGUGCGGAGAUCACAAUCGUGCUGUGCUACUUCCAACUGUGCAGUGAGGACUACCUUUGGUGGUGGAGGUCAUAUCUGACUUCAGGUUCUUCAGCAUUUUACCUCUUUCUCUAUGCUGCUUUCUACUUCUUUACAAAGCUUGAGAUCACAAAGCCAGUGUCAGGGGUAUUAUACUUCGGAUACAUGCUCAUUGGCUCCUAUGCAUUCUUUGUGCUAACUGGUGCAGUUGGUUUCUAUGCUUGCCUCUUGUUCACAAGGCUCAUCUACUCAUCAGUGAAGAUCGAUUAAUUGAUGAACAGGAAAGAAAUAGCUGCCAUAUUUCUACUCAAGGAAGUAAACAUCAUCUCAUGUGGGGUCCGUCCUUGCUACUUCCAGGGUUGCCAUUUGGGUUCAGUUUUGAGUCUUAAAUCACAGAAAUUGUUAUUUUAACCCUCCCAAUUUAGUUUUGGGAGUUUUUAUCCUUGUGUUUUGUCUUUUUAUAUUUACCCACUCUUCAUGGGGAUUUGCCUCUUUUAGAAAUGAUAAAAGAAAUUCUUGUAUCAAUGCUAUUGCUUGUAUGACUUCUGAAGGACGAACAAUUCAUUUUGUUAUAUGCUAAACUCUUUCCUCA